AUGCUUGCCAUUUCUCGGGCAUUCUACCUUCUCGAGAGCCGCAAUCAGCUCCAAACUAAUCAUAUUCUCCUGAUGCUAGUGAUACUCUUCAUCAUUCUGGCAAAAUGUACUUUGCUCACCGACACUACUGAUGCUCUUGAUGAUUUUGAUGCUCUGUGUGCUCUUUGUACAUGUGAUGCUCGUGAAAUUGCAAAUCCAGCUUCUACAGAUGCUGUUGACGUUCGUGGAGUGAAACGAGGACAGAGCAUCAAAGAGGCACGUCCUGAAGCUGAAGACAGUCUGUCUUCAAGCUCCAAUCUUUUCGGAGCUUCAUGA